UGAUACUAGUGAGAGUCAUAGAUUAAAGCAAUUUUUUUAAUUAUAAUGCUAAAAAUGACCCCAAAGCAAGUAUUGAUGAAGUGGGAGGUGAAUACUAGGCAUAAGCUUGCUGUGCAUUAUUUGUGUGAUGCUUCAGAGGCCACAGCUAACAAACUGUGAGAUGUUACUGGCUCUGCACUGGCUGACAGGAGAGCUGGCGCCGCCUGGAAGAGAGGCACAUCACUUCAAGCCGGCAGGGAGCCGAGAGAGCUCAGGCCGAGCAAUCCCGGCUUCAAUCCUGGCGUUUCACUUGGGGGAUUCUGGCCAUAUCCAGUUGGAGACGUGAAAUUUUCAUUCUUUAUUAUUUUUUGCAAAUAGAAUUCCUUUGCUUGCAUCCUACUAAUGUGUAGAGGGUACAUAUAUUUAAAAAAUGUCUGAUACCAUGAGGAGAGAAUCAGUUCACUUCCUCUUUUGCUAUUGUAAUGAUUGCCGAUGCAAUACCUCCAGAGAGUGACAAUGGAAAAAAGUAAAUGCCAAUUACUGGCAGUGAGGUUUGUUUUCACUGUUGCCCAAUUCCAGUCUGACUGCAACAGGAACUUGUAUAAUUCGUCAGCAUGAGAUACCACUAUUUCUCUGAUAAAUAGUGAAGGAUGUGUGUAUUUGUACAGACUUAGCCUUUGCUUUGUUUCUUCAUGGACAAGGUGGAAGCAGAAACGAUGGCAGGGGAGGACCAGGGGGACUCGUCGGGGGACCAGGCUGGAAGGAAGAGGUUUAACCCGGUGGUUUUAGAAGAGCAGGAGAAGGAGACCAGAAGCUUGAAAUCCCUCUUCGCCAGGAAGGUCAAGAAAAAAUGUUCUUGCGGACCAGCCAGAAUCAAAGGUCUUCUGUUUGGGUUUUUUCCCAUUCUGUCAUGGCUGCCCGGCUACAAGCUGAAGGAGUGGAUCAUUGGGGACAUGAUGUCUGGGUUGAUUGUGGGUAUCCUCCUGGUGCCCCAGUCCAUCGCCUACUCCCUUCUAGCUGGCCAGGACCCCAUCUACGGCCUGUACACCUCCUUCUUCUCCUGCAUCAUCUAUGCCCUGCUGGGCACCUCGAGGCACAUCUCGGUGGGGAUCUUCGGGGUGCUGUGCCUCCUGGUGGGGCAGGUGGUGGAUAAGGAGCUGAUGGCGGCGGGCUACCUCACGGAAGGCAACCAGACGGCUAUCCCGGGCCCGGGCAACGCCACCGCAGCGCUGGACUGCGACCGCAGCUGCUACGCCAUCUUGGUGGGGACCACGGUGACGUUCAUGGCGGGAGUUUACCAGGUGCUGAUGGGAGUCUUUCAGGUGGGCUUUGUGUCCGUCUACCUCUCGGACUCCCUCCUCAGCGGCUUUGCGACCGGCGCCUCCCUGACCAUCCUCACCUCGCAAGUCAAGUACCUCCUGGGGAUCCGGCUGCCCCGGACGCAGGGUCUGGGCUCUCUGGUCAAGACCUGGUUCUACCUCUUCCAGAACAUCAAGGACACCAACGUGUGCGACCUCGUCACCAGCCUGCUGUGCCUGCUGGUGCUGGUGCCCACCAAGGAGCUGAACGACCGCUUCAAGGCCAAGCUCAAGGCUCCCAUCCCCAUGGAGCUCUUCGUGGUCAUCGUGGCCACCUUGGCCUCUCACUACGGCCGCUUCCACGAGGUUUACGGUUCGGACAUAUCCGGGACCAUCCCAACAGGAUUCCAGCCCCCCAUGCUUCCGGCCUGGUCCCUCAUCCCCAACAUAGCCCUGGACGCCCUGUCCAUCGCCAUCAUUGGCUUCGCCAUCACCGUCUCCCUCUCCGAGAUGUUCGCCAAGAAGCACGGCUACGUCGUGGACGCCAACCAGGAGAUGUACGCCAUCGGCUUCUGCAACAUCCUGCCCUCCUUCUUCCGCUGCUUCACCACCAGCGCCGCGCUUACCAAGACGCUGGUGAAGGAGUCCACCGGCUGCCAGACGCAGCUGUCUGGGGUGGUGACCGCCCUGGUGCUGCUCCUUGUCCUGCUGGUCGUCGCUCCCCUGUUCUUCUCGCUGCAGAAGUGCGUCUUGGCGGUCAUCAUCGUCGUCAACCUCAGGGGCGCGCUGCGCAAGUUCUUGGACGUCCCCCGGAUGUGGCGAGUGAACCACGUGGACGCCGCCAUCUGGCUGGUCACCAUGGGGACCUCGGCGCUCCUCAACACGGAGCUGGGGCUGCUGGUGGGCGUGCUGUUCUCGGCGCUGUGCGUCCUGGCGCGCACCCAGGGGGCGCCGGCCGCGGAGCUGGGGCGGGCGGGCGAGCUGGAGCUGUACGAGGACCUCGGCGCCUACAAGGGCCUGCGGACCCAGCCCGGGGUGAGCGUCUUCCGCUUCGGGGCGCCCAUCUACUACGCCAACCAGGCGCUCUUCAAGCGGGCCCUGUACCGCCACCUGGGCCUGGACCCCGUGAAGGAGAAGUCGCGGCGCAGGAAGCUGGAGAGGAGGAGGAGGAAGGAGGAGGAGGGAGGGGCCGCCGGGGAUCAGAACAAGGCCGAGGAGUCGCCCGCCCGCAUCUUCAUCCCGCAGCGGCCUGGCUGCCACACCCUGGUGCUGGACUGCGCGCCGGUGCUGUUUCUGGACACGGCCGGCGUCAACGCCCUGCAGGAGGUGCGCAAGGACUACUCGGAGCUGGGGCUUCGAGUCCUGCUCGCGCGCUGCAACGCCUCCGUCCUGGACUCCCUGCGCAGGGGAGGGUAUCUGGAAGAGGCCGGCAGCUCGGCGGGGAAGGUGUUUUUUACCAUCGGCGACGCUGUCGGCUAUGCUCUCGCGCUUUGUUCCCAGAAUGGAAAUGGGGAAACGUGCUGCUGAUGGGGGGCCGGGGUUUGGUUUUUUUUUUAUACAACAAUACUUGGUUGUUUACCGUGCCUUUGUGUCUCAAUAUUAUAUAAGUCUUUGCUCUCUGCUUCCUUAAGAGGUGACGUUUUCUUUGGAUCUGAAGAACGCGUGGUUUUUGUCUGGCAGUUCUCUGUGCAAAAACGCAGCUUCGAAAAGACAAACUAGACGUGAAGCAUAUCCGUCUCCCCUCUUUGGCUCGUGCUGAAUUACAGGUGAUUUCAGUCUCACGGCUGAUCGAUUAAGCUAGCAGGAUAAACCGUGCUUUGUUGUUUUAUGUAAACCUCCUUGAGAAAGGUAAUGCAUAAUAUUACUGGAGCACAGGACUGGUGAAUUGUCACCCCAACCUUGUUUCAGAUUUGUUUUUUUACAAAAAGCACUUUAUACAUUUCUAUGGUCAGUAAAUGAAAGAUUUUCACAUAUUGCAGCAAUGUCACCAGUAUGCCUAGAAUAGUUUAUCUAUAAAUAAUAGGAUUGCAGCAUAAUAAAAAACACUGCCAUGUAGGAUUUUUUUAUACAUUUUUGGAGAAAGACGUCUUAAAUAUUUAUUAACUAUAUUUAUGUAACACUGCUGUAAAAAGUGCUGGAAAGAACUGUGCUUUGUCUCUGUCAAUCUGAGCAAAGAAUUGAGCUUGUAUUUACACUAAAUGUGCAGUGCCUUCUACUAGAUCUCACACUAAUUUAUUCCAAGGGCUUUCCUUUGUGUGUUGCCCUGGUUUUCCUAGACUGGGAGUGUUCCUGAACUCUGGUCAUGUCCCAGAAUUAUGCAAUGAAAGGGCUGGAGGUGUUGUUUCCACUGAAACCAAAUGGGGGGAAAUGAGGGAUUCUAUGAGAAUAAACUAUACAUAUGAAUGUAGUAUCGCACAAUACACCUCAAAAAUGCUCUCUCCUCUCAAGACCAAAAACUAGUGUAGGAUAAGAAAUUGUGAUGGACGUCUUUGUCCUGAAAGAGGAGGAGGGGGGAGGAGUGUGAAUUUCCUUCUUUUCCACCAGUUCUGAUGUAGUUCCAGUCACUUUUUUCCCCGUUAUGCUCUACUUUGGUGAUCUCUCCCUGGUGCUUUUCCAGGUGAAUGGGGAAAAAGAAACUUGUUUGCUUCUUUCUUUAAAAUGCGAUAAGCAGGAAUAAGUCAAUAAGUCAAACUCAGAAGGCUUAUCUACAGUUUACAGUAUAAAGGAAGAGUUACAAUUCCUUUGUAAUCAAAGUGCCUUUUUGAUUAAAGUGUUUCAGCCAAAAUUAUCAUGCUGUGCCUUAAGUUAAUACAUACUUAAUCGUGUAAUAGUGAUAUUUUUCCUAAGAUAAUAUUUUUAGAAAUGUUGUGGAUGUACUUUUUCAUUCUCAAGUCUUCAUAAGGAUUGCUGUUAUUGUGAAAAAAAAAUAAACUGUGAAAGACUGCCAAUAUGAAUUGUAUUGGUUUUAUACAGAACUGUCCUUUUAAAUUGAUUGUAAGUCAACACUGCCCCCUGUUGGUUGAAGAUCUGACCUGAGAAGUUUUGUCCACAUAUUCUAAUCGCGCUCCUCCUUCUGGUACUUUUAUUUCUGAUCCGGUAAGAAGCGCACGCGGUUUACAUUUCUUAAAUCAACAAGUUUGUGCGUCAGGAAUAAGCAUUAAUAUUUAAAAUAUUUGCUCACAACUACUGUAUGACUUUUUAUUGCCCAGCAUAUGUUAUCAGUAGCCCGUUUGUACGUACUUUUUGUAUAUCCUUUAUUUUUUCUCGGGUUUUGAAGGAAUCUGAAUUGUGUUUUUCAGUAAUGUUUUAUAUUUGUUUAAUUUUCAAACUGGCUACACCCGUCUCUGCGGUGCUUUUAUUCUCGGUGUUACCGUUUGCAGUUUUUCUCUUCCGAGCUAAAACGUCGGUGCCGACAGCCCUUGUUUAUCCAUGUGUUAAGUGUCAUUUGCGGAACCACAAUCAGCGCUACUAAAACAGCUGUUUUAAAAAGUUUCGAAUUCUUGCAGAUGUGUAACAUCCUUGUGUUCUGAAGUCGUGUGAACUCCAUCAUUGUGCUGGCUCUCCCACAGUGCACUGCAGCAGAAGGGCAUUAUUCUACACACACAAUCCACUGUAUGUACACAACCACGUAUAUACAGUACCGUAGGGUCCAUUGCACCUGUUGUAGACCAGCCUUAGACAUGGUGGGGGAAAUGUAUAACCGUUUUUGUUUUGUGUAUUCUUCUUCGUCUGAUGUCGAAUUUUCUUUUAAACAGAACCGUCGUCUUAUGCUGUUGUACUGGUUGUGUUCCCGGCGUCUGAGCUGUUUGUUAAAUGUUUCUCUCCCCCGCGUAGCUUUCAGUUUAGUGUUGCGUCACGAUGAAAUGUUGUAAACGUAGUGGAAGCUUUUUUUUUUUUUUCCGGGGGGAUCUAUCUCUACCAAAAAAAAAAAACAAAAAAACAAGCCAGCAGAGAAAGUAGUGUCGAAUACUGUUCUGCUGGGAUUGCUUUCAUUUCUCGCACAAAAUAAAAGUAACGAUGAAGUGUUCAAGUGUGGGCUGCCUUCUGGAGUCCAGAUGUCGCAGGUUCGAGUCUGGGCUGCUGUAUGUCUCCAGCCAACUGUGUCUAGGAGUAGGAUUAUUAAUGGAAGCUAUUUAUUAACGAAAAUUGCUAUGUACUGUAUGUGCAGCAAAAACCAAUGUACCACCUUGUCUUUGUCACUGACGAAACAGGGCUCCUAGACUAAAACCCAGCUACUUUUCCUGAAGGGCUUUUUAAAUUCUUCUGUUCAACUUGUCUGCUUUGCAAUUAUGUUACCUUUUAAUAAACAGUUGAAAUGA